AAAUAGUCAUUUAGUUUCAGCAAAUUGUAGAUCGAGUACAUACAAAGUAUUCCUAAUUGAUUCUUCGCCCAAUCUCAGGAUUUGAAAAUAUUCCAAUUAAGAAUAUGCCUGUGUUUUUUAGUUACAAAUCAGAGGUCACAAAGUAGAGGUCACAACUUUAACAGUUAGGAGGAGGAUACAGAGAAUCCUAUUUGAAUUCUGGCAAAAGAUUUUGCCCCCAAAAUGAGAUUUCCAGUAGAGAUUGUUCUAUUUCUACUAUUGAAUACAUGUGAUGCACAAGGACAGUGCUCCCUUAAUUCAAUACCAAAUGGCCAAUUUUUACCAAGAAAACAAACUUUUAAUGAAGGUGAAGUGAUAAGAGUUGAAUGUUAUCCAGGCCACAGUCUUCAAAAUAAUCAUGACAAAAUUACAUGCACCAAAAAUGGCUGGUCUAUUGCUCCAAAUUGUGAAAGGCUAAAAACAUGUUCAGUACUCAGAAAGAAUUUCAAUAAUGGAUUUUUUACUGAUUCAAAUACACAUUACCUUGUUUAUACACGUGCAAAUUAUCAGUGUAAAGAAGGAUAUGGAACAGCAAAUGGAGAAAAAAAUGGAUUCAUCACCUGUGGGAUAAAUGGAUGGUUGAGUCAAGCAACAUGUAUUAAAAUUUGUGAUAUUCCACGAUUCAUAAAUGCCAAACAAAAAGGGAAUAAUACAUUUCUUAAGCCGAGAGAACAAUUAGAAUAUGAAUGCAUGGAUGGAUAUGAAUUUGGAAGUGGACAAACAAAAGGUUUCAAAACAUGUUAUGGGGAUGAGUGGCCUACAGUGAUUGAAUGUUAUGAAAAAGCAUGCAGUCUCCCUCUUCUACAUGAGAUGGAACCUAAUCUCAAGAAAGAAAAAUAUCAAGUUGGAGAUGUAUUGACUUUUCGCUGUUUCCGUGGAUUUAAAAUAGCUGGACCUUCAUCUGUGCAGUGUUAUCAGUUUGGAUGGUCCCCCAGGCUUCCUACAUGCAAAAAGGAAGUAAAAUGUUGUGAGCAACCACCAGAAAUUUUGAAUGGCAUAGCUAAGGACUCAAAGAAGAAAGUAUAUUGUCAUAAUGAUGUGGUAGAGUAUAAUUGUGACCUUGGAUUUGUAAGGAGAGGACCCGGGAAGAUACAAUGCAAUGAUGGAGAAUGGACAACUUUACCCACUUGCAUUGUGGAAAAAAGAAGAUGUUCACGAGUACCUGAAAUUGUCCAUGGCUAUAUUCAGACGCCUGAUCUGUCAUAUUCUCAUGGGGCUUCAGUGGAAUAUGGCUGUGUGGAGAAUUUUAUAAUGGUUGGAAAAAAGACAAGCACAUGUAUUCAUGGACAUUGGACACAGCCACCGACCUGCAUUGAACAAGACAGACUUGGGAGAUGUGCAUCAAAAAUUUUUGAAGAUUUUCAAGUCAACCUAAACAAUGAAUUUGAUGAUAUUGUCAUUAGUUACAAAUGUAACCGGAAUUCAGAAUUCAAAAGUACAAAGUGUAUAAAUGGAAGAUGGUCUCCUCCACCAAGUUGUUCAAAAGGGAAAUCUUGUGCACCUCCACCACAAAUACCUAAUUCUCAGGAUAUGAAUAUAACAAUGAAUUAUGAGGAUGGUGAAAAAUUUGGUGUUAUUUGUAAAGAAAAUUACCUUCUUCAAGGACAAGAAGAGAUAAUAUGUGAAAAUGGACUUUGGAAUUCAUUACCCCGAUGCAUUGAGAAAAUAAGAAAAUGUGGACGACCUCCACCUAUUAAUGAUGGAGACAUCACAACCUUCCCAUUACCUGAAUAUGUGCCAGAAUCAAGAGUGGAAUAUAGAUGUCAAAAAUAUUACAUGCUACAGGGUUCCAGAUUUGUGACAUGCAAAAAUGGAAUAUGGACAGAUCCACCAACAUGCCUUAGAAUUCCAUGUGGAGAACCACCUCAAAUACAUAAUGGUAUCAUUCCCAAAGUGUCAAAAAGUUAUGAAUUUGGAGAGGAAGUGACAUACACAUGUGAAGAAGGUUAUAACAUUGAUGGACUGGCAACUAUAACUUGUAGUGGAGGAACCUGGUCUAGUCCACCACAAUGUAAAGAUGUGAGAUGUUCAAGGCCACCCAGGUUUAAUAAUGCUGACAUGGUUGUCACUUCAAAAAGCUAUUAUAUGCCAGGAGAUAAAGUGGUUUAUCGUUGUCUAUCAAAUUUCCAGCCUGAAGGAUCAACUGAGGUAAUUUGUAUAGGACCCAACUGGAAAGGGGAUCCUCAGUGCAAAGAGGAAAUAAGAAAAUGUGGACCACCUCCAUCUAUUGAUAAUGGAGAUAUCACAACCUUCCCAUUACCUGAAUAUGCGCCAGAAUCAAGAGUGGAAUAUAGAUGUCAUCAAUUUUAUGUGUCACAGGGUUCCAGAUUUGUGACAUGCAAAAAUGGAAUAUGGACAGAUCCACCAAUAUGCCUUGAGACAUGCACAAUAUCUGAAAGAAUAAUGAGGAGAAAUAAUAUACAGCUUCGAUGGAAACACACUGAAAAAAUUUAUUCAAGACCAAGACUACAUAUUGAAUUUUCUUGUAUUUGGGGAUACCGUAUGGCUGAGGGAUCACCUCCAUUUCGAUCAAUAUGUGUGGAAGGGAAAAUCAAUUAUCCCAUAUGUGAAUAGUAUAACCUUUCCAUGGUGUUGAGUUUUAUGCUAAUUCUGAGUUCUUGUGAUAUGAGUUUUGCUCCUACUUUGUGACAUUCUCCCUAACCUAACGUAAUUCUAUUAAAUUCAAAAGUAUGAAUUAUUGUAAUAUUUUUGCAUGAUUAUCAGGAUAUAAUGAUGAGAAACCUACAUGAUUCAUUUUUUCCUUCAAUAAAAUGCUUUUUUCUAGUCUCAUGUAAAAAACCAUUUUAAGCAUUCAUUUUCUAAAAUGUUAAGUAAUGAAUUCUCUCCUCCUUUCCUUACCCCUGCAUGAGAUGAUCACGAGCAAUUCAAUAUCAGUUGAACAUGUGCUAUCACACAAAAUAUGUUUCCAUGUUCCAAAUGUUUUGGAAGAAGAUGUUGAAAAACAACUAUAAAGAAAAUAAAGUGAAAAUAGUAAACCUUGAUCUACAUUCAAA